AUGCCCUCAAUGCGCCUACCUGAUCGAUGCUCGGUAGAAGUUAUCUUCGAGGCAAUUAUUUUCCUUGUGAUGCCCGUCAUAAGUGUCACAGGAAAUACUCUGGUGCUUUUGGCUGUGUACAAAAACCCUAAACUGCGAUUGAACACUAAUCUGUACAUCUUAGCUCUGGCAGCAAGUGAUUUGGUGUGCGCGACGGUGGAAAUGCCAAUAGCUGCAACUACAGUAAUCUCGGGAAAGUGGAACUUGAGUGACGGUGUAUGUCAGUUCCAAGGUUUCGUUGAUGUGUUUGUUACGUAUGUUAAUCCGGCCACUAUGGGCUUAACGGCCUUUAACAGAUACAUGCGGAUUGUCAAGACCCGCAACUACAACAAAAUAUUUUCACCUCGAAAGUCUAAGGUUUGGCUGACUUGUGUCUGGAUGUCUUUGGCAUUGUAUCUCGUCAUCGCCCGUGCAACAAACUGGAAUAAGUAUCAGUUCAUUAUUGGUUACGCACUGUGUAGCAUAACUUUUACAACAAGAGAAAGAAAAUUCGUUCACUACUGCAUCGUUUUCGGCUUAUAUUCCAUCUUACCAUUUGUCGUCGCUUGCUUUAGUUAUUGGAAAGUUUUCUCCAAACUCCGCCAUCACAAGCGUCACGUUCUUCCAUCUCUUGAGAACACCGUUAACCCUCGGAGCCGAGUAUCUGCGCACGAAAUCAACAUAAGCCGGGCGCUGCUGUACAUAGCGGCAGGAUUUUUGCUCUCUUGGAUCCCGCUGUGGAUUUUCGCGUUUUGGAAGCGUUUAUCUCCAGAGACAGUUCCCAGACUUGUAGAAUUAGGUGUUGUUCUAAUGUUAUUUUUGAGUGCCACAAUAAAUCCUUUCAUUUAUACAGCCAACAGCCGCGUUUUCAGAAGAGAAAUUGGCAAUUUACUUUGCUGGUGGAAAGUAAGAAGUACAAGAGAGGUAAAUUGUGCUGUUAGCGAUAAAAACGUUGGACAAGAAAUGAAACAACUACAGUUUCACGAAGUUCAUAACAACGACAAAAGUACGCGUCCGCAUUUAAAAUGA